UACGAUAUGCCUACAGGGGGGACAUAUGAUCACUGGUAUAUGUCCGGGUUCUUAUGCUCGAGAAGAUGCCACUAUGGCGAUAUCAACUAAAGCGGGCGCUGUUAUUUUGAAAAUUCUUCAGAACGCUAAGUUGAAUGUUGAGGAGGACGCCGUAGUAGGUCCGCCACCAGAACAGGAUAUUCCUUUGAACGUACCGAAAAAAAGCCGUUUGUACAUAGAGCAAACUAAAAGGGAAAGGGAGCAUUCCGUUGAGAUUCACAGAGCGUUUCAACGAGAUUUAUGCAAACUUCGUUUACGUAACGAUUUUAUCG